AUGCUUCGUGUGAGGAUGCUAUCAGGCGACGAAGUGGUGCGCAUCCCCGUGGAGGAGUUGAGCGAUGCGAGGGCAUUAAAGCAACAACUGAAUCGCAAGCACGGCUUGCCCGUGCGAUUCAGGCAGCGACUUUUCCUCGGCGGCAUCCUCUUAGAUGACUCCGCCCAGCUAGACUCGUCCAUGGAGCUGGAUCUGGUCCUGCUUUCAUAUUCCGUGACUUCAAAGGCAGAAGCUGAAGAGCUGGCGGUUGCCUCUGCGAACGGUUCGAUGUCCAAGGUUGAGGCCAUUUUACAGCAGCCCCGGCACCCAGACGUGGCCGACGUGCAUGGCACAACUCCACUGAUGUUGGCAUCUGCAGAAGGCCAGGUGGAAAUCCUUCGUUUACUACUGGAGGCGGGCACCGACAAGAACUUAGCCAACAAUAACGGUUUCACGGCUUUGAUGCUAGCUUCUCAAAACGGCCACGUGGAAGUGGUGCGUUUUCUGCUUGCAGCCGGUGUCGACAAGAACUUUGCCAACAAUGACGGUUACACUGCUUUGAUGCUAGCUUCUCGAAACGGCCACGUGGAAGUCGUGCAUUUACUGGUAGCUGCCGGUACCGACAAGAACUUAGCCAACAAUAACGGCUUCACUGCUUUGAUGGGAGCGUCUCAAAACGGCCACGUGGAAGUCGUGCAGUUGCUGGUAGCUGCCGGUGCCGACAAGAACUUAGCCAAAAAGGUCGGUGUCACUGCCUUGAUGCUAGCUUCUCACAAGGGCCAUGUGGAAGUGGUGCGUUUGCUGGUAGCAGCCGGUGCCGACAAGAACUUAUGCGGCAAUUGCGGCUUCACUGCUUUGAUGCUAGCUUGUCGUGACGGCCAUCUGGAAGUGGUGCAUUUGCUGGUAGCUGCCGGUGCCGACAAGAACUUAGCCAACAAUAACGGUCUCACUGCUUUGAUGCUUGCAUCUCAAGAAGGCCACAUGGAAGUCGCGCGCUUGCUGGAGGCGGCGGGUGCCGACAAGAGUUUGACCAAGCGUGAUGAUGCCACUGCCCUUAUGCUAGCUUCUCAAAUGGGCCAUGCAGAAGUCGUUCCGUUGCUGACGGCAGCAAGCGCCGACAGUAGCACAACGAACAAGCGGCGUCACUGUUUCUCUGAUGGCAUCCCCAAGAAGGCGCGCUGA